AUGGACACCAACAAUACCGCCACCCAAGACCACAAUGAGCUCUUCACCGCCAACAGCGAGCGGGUCACCAGUCUCUGCGACAAAUACGACGAGCAGCUCAAGAUCUACGAAGGCAUGAUCAGGGACAAAGAUGGGCAGGUUAAAGCACUGAGGGCGAUUCAGGCUGCCAACGACAAGAAAAUCGCAGAUCUGGAGAAGCAGUUGAAGGAGAUGAUGGGCGAGCUGCACGAUAUGAAUGACUUGGUGCCCGAAUGA